CGGGGAAGGGACCGCACCAAAGGAAGCCCCGCCUCCGGCCCUCGGGGGCUCUCGGGCGUCGCCUUCACCCACGCGAAGCCCCCACCUAGGUCUCAGCUGACCUUAAGGGGAAGUGAAUCUGGACCGCGUGACCCGGCCGUCCUGGGUCUUCCCACCGAGUCCGUGGCGGCCGCCUCAUGGGAGCGCUGCGCUCGCUGCUGCUGGCCGCGCUGCUGUGGGGCCCUGCCGAGGCCCUGAGCUGCUAUGGAGACUCGGGGCAGCCUGUGGACUGGUUCGUGGUUUACAAGCUGCCCGCGCACAGCGGGUCUGGGGAGAGUUCCUGGAAGGGUCUGAAGUAUAAAUACAUGGACCCGAGCUCCGAGGGCUGGCGCGACGGUGUGGGGUACAUCAACAGCUCGGAGGGAGCCGUGGGCCGCAGCCUGCUGCCCUUGUACCGGGGCAACUCCAGCCAGCUGGCCUUUCUGCUCUACAACGACCAGCCUCCUAAAUCCAGCUCAGCUCGGGACUCCUCCAGCCGUGGCCAUACAAAGGGUGUUCUGCUCCUGGACCAAGAAGGGGGCUUCUGGCUGAUCCACAGUGUGCCCCGCUUCCCUCCACCUGUGUCCUCCGGCGCGUACAGCUGGCCUCCUAAUGCGCACACCUAUGGGCAGACCCUCCUCUGCGUGUCCUUUCCCUUCGACCAAUUCCUCAAGAUCGGCAGGCAGCUAACCUACACCUAUCCCUUAGUCUACGACCACAAGCUGGAAGGCGUUUUUGCCCAGAAAUUACCUGAGCUGCAAGAGGUGAUCAAGGGUCACCAUGCCCUCCAAGAGCCCUGGAAUAAUAGUGUGCUGCUUACGUCACAAGCCGGGGCCACCUUCCAGAGCUUUGCCAAAUUUGGAAAAUUUGGAGAUGACCUGUACUCUGGCUGGUUGGCAGCAGCCCUAGACUCCAACCUGCAGGUCCAAUUCUGGCCAAAUUCUCAGGGCACCCUGCCUUCCAACUGCUCUGGGAGCCAUCAGAUUCUUAAUGUGAACCAGACAGGCUUCCCUGGCCCGUCUGGACCAACUUUCGACGCUACAGAGGACCACUCCAAAUGGUGUGUGGCUCCUCUCGGGCCCUGGGCCUGUGUGGGUGACAUGAAUCGCAACAGAGGAGAAAUGCACCGAGGCGGGGGCACGCUGUGCACCCAGCUGCCUUCCCUCUGGAAGGCCUUCCAGGCCCUGGUGAAGACCUGGGUGCCCUGUGAAGAAGCCAGCAGAGCAAAGACCUAAGCCUCGGGACGAGCCGAGCAUGGUGCCGCACACCUUUAACCCCACACUCGGGUGUUCCGGGCCAGCCUGAGGGCCAGGGCUACACGACCCCCAAGGGGCUAGUUUGGACUUGAAUGUGCUUGGGGUCGGCUCGCUGGGUUGAAUCCCAGGGUGCACCACGCUGCUCUGCCUGUGAAUCCAAGCCCCUUCCUAACCGCAGUCCUUGCCGUGCCUUAACCUCCCUGGCUGCCAGGUGAACGGCAGCGUGGGCACCGCAGAGAGGCUGUUAAUAAAAGGAACUCUGUGCAUGA